GCCUGGUGAAGGGGCGGGUUGGUCAAUGCACUGCAGAGUGUACACUCCGUUCUCGCCAGCUGCUUUAUCUGUAAAAGUAAGCGGCGCAUGUCGCAAUAAAUUGUAAACAUAGCUAGCUAAAGGUUGAGCUGUCCUUCUUAUGCGAUAGCGGACAAAGUUUUGUUUUCUGUCUGUCGGCAGAGGCAAAGUGAAGACGUCAAGGAUAUAGUGCCAGAUUGAUGGAGAAGAAUGGCCCGAAUCUCGUUGGACUGCACCAACUCUUUACCAGGGAUCCCCCUCAGUGUGCUCUCAGUGCCUAUGGAGAAUAAGUACAAAUGUCAGCAGUGUCUCCAGGUCCUGAGGAAGCCUGUCCAGGCUCAGUGCGGCCACCGCUUCUGUGUACACUGCUUCAAGCAGCUCACCAGUUGUGGGCCAAAGCCUUGUGAAGCCUGCCGCCAAGAGGAGAUAUAUGAGGAACCUAUUUCCAUCCUAAAUAGUAAUGAGGCAUUUCCAGACAAUGCAGCCGGCCGAGAAAUAGCAAGUCUGCCUGCCAGGUGUUUGAACCAGGGCUGUGAUUGGACAGGCUCAAUAAAAGAGUAUGAGGCUCAGCAUGAAGGUCGCUGUGAAUUUGAGCGGAUACAGUGUGAGGCCUGCCAAAACUCAAUCCUUCGUACAGACAAGGACAGACAUAAUGAGAGAGAAUGUGAAGCAAGAACGCUCAACUGCAAAUACUGCAAAAUGACCUUCAACUUUAAAGACAUCAAGGCCCAUGAUGAGAUCUGUCUGAAGUUCCCCUUACAAUGCAAGGACUGUGGCAAGAAAAAAAUCCCAAGAGAAAAGUUCAAUGACCACAGCAAAUCCUGCGCCAAGUCAAAGAGUGCCUGUCCAUUCAGUGAUGUGGGCUGUAAAUCUGUGAUAGAUAAUGGGAAGCUCGCUGACCAUGAGCACAGCAGCACCAUGGAGCACUUGCGUCUGCUGCUGCCCAUGGUGCUGUCCAUGACUCGGACGCGUGCCGAUGCUGCUGCUCACGGAGAGUGGCAGGAGGACUCUGGCCUGGGCCUGUACAGGGCUCCUGAGGAGGGGGUCACUAUGGGCUCUGGAGCUGCAGCCUCCAUGCAGUCUGUGGACGUGGACAAAAAGGUGAACGCUUUAGAAAACAUUGUGUGUGUCCUAAACCGAGAGGUGGAGCGCAGUUCAGUUACGUUGGAGGCUUUCUCACAUCAGCAUCGUUUAGACCAGGAAAAAAUUGAAAACCUCUCCAACAAAGUGCGUCAGCUAGAACGGACAGUCACCAUGAGAGACUUGCAGCUGUCUGAAACCGAACAGCUGCUGCGAGAACUCCAGUUCUGCACCUACGACGGGAUAUUUGUGUGGAAAAUCUCUGACUUCUCACGCCGCAGACAGGAUGCUGUGGCCGGUCGAACACCUGCAAUGUUCUCACCAGCAUUUUACUCCAGCAAAUACGGCUACAAAAUGUGUCUGAGGCUUUAUUUGAACGGCGAUGGGACGGGCAGAGGAACGCACCUUUCACUGUUCUUUGUUGUCAUGAGGGGAAAGUGCGACGCUCUGCUCAAAUGGCCAUUCAGUCAGAAGGUGACUCUAAUGCUCUUGGAUCAGAACAACAGGGAGCACAUCAUCGAUGCUUUCCGCCCCGAUGUCACCUCCACCUCCUUUCAGCGUCCGAUCAGUGAGAUGAACAUCGCCAGUGGCUGCCCGCUCUUCUGUCCACUGGCUAAACUAGCUGGCAAGAGCCCCUAUCUGAGAGAUGAUACUAUUUUCAUCAAAGCCAUUGUAGACCUCACAGGCUUGUAACUGGGGAAGCUGUGGAAGCUACACCAAAGCAUUUAUAAAACCAAACAAAGAAUUAUUCAUAAUAAUAAUAAUAAUAUAUGUAUAUGAUAUUAUGGUAAUAUCUAUGAUAAUAUAUGAUAUACUAUGUGGCUAUGAUAUUACACAAUAUCAUAUCUACACUAUACAUGUAAUAAUGUGUCACAUUAUGACGGAUGUACAAGGGUGUGUAAAAUAACAAUCACGGUAGUGGAUCUGUAAUGGUUAUAGGCAUCUAUCUUUAGUGAAGCAAUUACACUGAUUUACCUGUGCUUUAUAGAAGUUAAUAAGCAAUUGUUGUUAAUGUCUUGUAUAUUUAAGACUUUUGGCAGUACUUAGAUCACAUAAAAAGUUAGUAUUUCGGUAUGAAGCUGGCGUUAAAACAGUAGUUUUGAGUUUUAGUAACAUUAAGAGCAGCUGAGUUAAAAAUCUCCUUGAUGACAAAAGAGGUCUGUAAUCAGCUGUCAUCUUAAUGUGACCUUGUCAGCUUAUAACUAACCCUAAAGGCUUAUAACUAUUUGUAUCAAAUACCUUGUUUGUAGUAUAUAUAUUUUAUAUUAAUUAGAAUACACCUAAGAAGUUACCUUGGGCUUUUUCUUUAUUAUUUUAUGACAUUUUAUAGACCAAUAAUCGAUUAUACAAUAAAAUAAUCAUCAUAUUAAUCAAUAGCUCUACUAGAGAAUAACACUUUUAAACCAUAUAACACCUAGCCAUUUGAUUCAUUUUGGUGAUAUAGCUAGCAGCAUAAACUGCAUAAACACAGCUAAGAUGAGGUUAUAGUACAGAAUGAUCUUUUUGAACUAUGAUAUAUCUACACGAAUCAGCGUCACAAAUGGGCUUGGGUGAAAAAUAUCCAGAGAACCAGAUUACCCUUAUACUGUAUCUGAUGAUUUCCUAAAUAUGAAACUCUCAUCUUACAUGUGAAUAUGACAACUUUCCCCUGUGGGCCACCAAAAGGCUCUAUGAUACUUUCCCAUGCGUUCCACUGAGGUGAUGUCUCACAACCCACUUCAUGGGCCGCUUUCAGUAACUGAAAAUAUACCUGUUGCAAAACCAUAAACCACUGUGUCACACUGGCUGUUUGUUAUUGGUGUAUUUUGUUUGUUCCUGUUGUGCUGUUGUCAUGAAUGUGGACAUGAUGUACUGUUCAACGUGCCCCAAAACAUUAUUUAUAAAAAUCUAUAAAGGGGAACUCCUCUGUGAAAACAGCUGUGUAAGGUUUUCUGUGCUUCAGGAGGGAGUUUCAUAAGUUCUGAUUAAAACGCAGUUUCUUGUGUCUUGGAGACAGCGGUGUACUCAGGCUGUCUGAGGAGCAGGGGCGAAAAAAAUAAAAAGGGCACCAGCUGCAUGCUGUGGGGCACCAGAAUGCAGAAAGUUUUCUAGCAUGAGGGCAGCCUAUAUGGCAUUGCAUCACAUUUUGUCCAUUUAAAGGCACCCAUUGGUGCAUUGCAUCUCGUUUUCUCUACUAAAAGGGCACUUUAUCAUGGAGUUUAAAUAUGUGGGCAGUUGCCAGACAGGGAGAGUCUAAUGAAAAGACGCUAUUGGUUGCAUUAUGGGAAAUGUAGGAUUCAAUGUUUUGCGAUUUUUACUCAUACUAGAGACGACAAUUCAGGAUGAUUUCUUUUUUUAAAUCUGUCUCUUGCAAGUCCUCCAGCUUUAUGGAAAUAAAAUACUAAAUUGCUGUAGUAAAGUGUCAGUUGCAUGUUAUAACAAGUAAAAACACAACAAGUCGAUUCAAAGCACUACUGCUGUCAGUUGUUAAUAUCCUACCUCAGAUUCACAGAUUGCUUGAAAA